AUGAUGAAUCCGAUAGUGAAGGAACUAAUUGUAUUACAAGUAAUUUACGCUUUGAUUAUACCACAAAUUCAAGAUAUAGAUAUAAAAGAUAGUAACAGUAUUAGUACUAAUGGUGAUGGACCACAUACUACCAAGGAUAAUACCAUAAAUGGUUAUAACAAUGAUAAUAGUAAUAAUGAUAAUAAUUCCAUAAUUAAUAAUAAUCAAAAUAAUAGUAAAAUUAAUAACGGUAAUAAUAGUAAAAUUAAUAACGGUAAUAAUAGUAAAAUUAAUAACGGUAAUAAUAGUACUGACAAUAAUCCCAGACGAAGUCCUACAAAUCCUGAUAUGACAGAUAAUUUAUAUUUUUAUAAUAGUAUGAUUGAAAAUAAGGUUAUCAGCAGUAACAUUAAAUUAUCUUUAGUAAAGAUCACUAAUGAAAUUCAAAAUAGUUUACUAGUUAAUAAAUUAAUGGAUAUGAACAAUGAAGCAAAGUUAACAAUUAAGGAUAUAUUGAGUAUAAUUAGAGAUCUAUUUCCAUUACAGAGAACCAUUUUGAUCGACGGCCAAUUAAGUUUUCAUAAUUUAAAGAUUAAAGAACUAAAGAAUUUAAUAAUAGUUAAAUAUAAUACGUUUAAGGAGGACCAAAUACGGUUGAUUAAUGAAUAUGAGAAUCAGCUAUUAGGUAUGAUUCCUUCUAAUACACAAAAUAGUAACGGUAUUGAUGACAAUAAUGGUAAUGUAGUUAUAACAGGAGGUGAAAAUAUGUUACAAGGUACUCAAACAACAAAAACCACAAAAACUACAACAGCAACACCAUUAUCAUCAAAAAUGACAUCUGUUGUAUCUAAUAGAAUCAAUGCACCAAAUGGGUCUACAAGUACAGUGGUUAAUGAAUCACCAGUAAAGUCUACACCAUCAUUUCUCACUCCAACACCAAUGGUAUCAUCCACUACUAAGUCUAAUAUAAACGUAAGAAAUACAACUCCUACACCACCAUCUGCUACUACUACUACUACUGCCUCCACCACAACGAAUGGCACGGUAACAAAUAAGGAUCCAAAGAGAGAAAAACUGUUACAAUUAUAUAGAGACACCGUAUUGAAUAAAUUACAAUCAAAAACAAAGAUUUUGGAUAAAUUGUACCAGAAUUUAGAUCCACAACUAUCAAAUAAGAUAGUGUAUAAUUUGUUGGAAUUGGAAAAGAUUAAGAGUACAACACCAGCAAGUGUGCAUCAUUUACAAUUGAUACUACAAAAGAGCGUCUGUGAUGGAAUGAUGAGUAGCCGUACAGGUAGUCUUACAUGGCAGAUGGCUCGUCAAGUUCAAACUGAACUGGAGGAUACUGUUCAAUUCAUGAGACGAGCACUAGAAUGA